AUGCCUCCUCCUCACAUAGGAUUUGAAUUGUCUUCUAAAAUCUUUACGCUUUUGACUGAGUGGAAAGUUGAUAAAAAGAUUUUUUCCAUUACUUUGGAUAAUGCUUCUUCUAAUGAUACUUGUGUUGAACACUUGAAAAGUACUUUGGAUGUGCAUGGUUCAUUGUUGUGUGGUGGUGAAUUCUUUCAUGUUCGUUGCUCUGCUCAUAUUUUAAAUCUUAUUGUCCAAGAUGGAAUGAAAAUAUGUGGUGUUGCAGUGUGUAAGAUUAGAGAGGGUAUUAAGUUUCUGAGAAAAUCUGAAAGUCGAAUGGUUAAGUUUAAAGAAUGUUUUGAAGAUAUUGAGGGACUUGAGUAUACGACUGCAUUAUGUUUAGAUGUUCCUACUAGGUGGAAUUCACUUUAUGCAAUGCUUGCAAGUGCUAUUCCUUAUAAGAAAGCUUUUGAAAUGUAUAAAGUAAAAGAAGUUGGGUUUAGGGAGUAUUGUCCUUCAUCAUAUGAGUGGAGAAGAACUGAAAAGAUAUGUGAUUUCUUGUUACCAUUUUACGAAACUACCAAGUUGAUGUCUGGAACUUCUUACCCAACAUCCAACUUGUAUUUUUUACAAGUUUGGCAAAUCCAGCUGAUUUUAAUGAAUAGUUUGAAGAAUGAUGAAGUGCUUAUAAGGAACAUGGGAGAAAAAAUGAUGAUUAAGUUCAAGAAAUAUUGGGAAGAAUACAGUGUUGUUCUUGCAUUUGGGGCAGUUCUUGAUCUUAGAUUUAAACUCAACACUUUGAUUCAUUGCUAUAAUGAGAUUGAUCCUAUUAGUGCUAAAGACAAAGUGGAGCAUGUGAAGAGUAAGUUAUACAAGCUUUUUGAGGUUUAUGACCAAAAUUUCUCUACAACUGUAGAGAGUUCUUCCCAACUUUCAAGAAAUUUUUCUCAAGCAACAUCUUCUGCAAUUGGAACUCAGCUUAUUAAAAUUGUUGGUGUAAACAACCAUCAUCGUUUUCCAACACUAUCACUAAUGGCACGAGAUUUGUUGAGCAUUCCUGUUACUACCGUGGCUUCAGAAUCUGCAUUUAGCAUGGAUUCUCAUGUUUUGAAUAAGUAUAGAAGUCGUUUGUUGUCAGAUAAUGUUGAAGCGGUGAUUUGCACCAGAAAUUGGAUACGUGGAUAUGAUGAUUUUGAGGAAGAUAAAGAUCAGGAAGAUAUUGCAAAAGUAGAAGGCUAUUCUUCAGGAGUCGGUUCCAAUGAUGUUAUUGACUUAUAUGAAGAUGAAGAUGAAAAUUAA